AUGGCUGAUCGUCAGCUUAAGCAAUUCGGCCAUGACAUCUUCUCCUGGGUCAAGGCUUUCCCCAGAAACACCCCCCGUUACGUUACCGAGCGUCUCCCCAUUAUCAAAUGGUUGCCUAAGUACAACCGUACAUGGGCGUUCAGAGAUAUCGUUGCCGGUAUUACUGUCGGUUUGAUCGUCGUUCCUCAAGGAAUGUCCUAUGCCAAGAUCGCUGGUCUCCAGGUCCAGCAUGGUCUUUACUCUGCUUAUAUUGGUGCCAUCUUCUACUGCUUCAUGGGAACCUCCAAGGAUUUGACUAUCGGACCCACUGCUGUUAUCUCGCUCAUUACUGGUGAACUCGUGACUGAACUUGCCGGACGCAUGUCUGCCCCCGCUGUCGCUGCUAUCUCUUGCCUCUGUGUCGGUGCAUUCACCUUGAUCCUCGGUGUCCUCCGUCUCGGAAUCAUUCUCGACUUCUUCCCCACCACCGUCCUCGUCGGCUACACUUCCGGAGCUGCUGCAACCAUUGUCAUUCAGCAGAUCCCCAAGUGGCUCGGAGUACCCAACAUCAACAACCGCGCCCCCGUCUACGACAUCAUCAUCAAGAUGUUCCAGGCUUUUGGUACCUUGUCUUGGUUGGAUCUCGUCUUUGGUCUCGUCUCCUUCGUCCUCCUCAUUGCCAUCGGCCUCGCUGUCGACCGUUGGGGACGUGGCAGGUUUGCGAUCCAGUUCAUCAAGAUCUCGCGCUUCUUCAUCGUCACCGUCUUGGCCACUGCCCUUUCUUUUGCUAUCAACCACAACGCCCCUAGUGAUGAGAAGGGUAACCGGGUUUUCAAACUUUCGAUCGUAAAGACGGUUCCUUCCGGUCUUCCUACACCAGCUGUCCCCUCCAUUACCUCUGAGAUCUUCUCCGAGAUUGCCCCCAAGUUGUUUGCCAUCUCGAUCGCUGUCAUUCUGGAGCACAUUGCUAUCGGAAAGGCCUUCGCUAGAAAGAACCGUUACCAGAUGGACUCCAACCAGGAAUUGGUUGCUCUCGGACUCGCCAACGUCACUGCCUCGUUCUUUGGUGCCUAUGCUGUUACUGGAUCGUUCUCCCGUUCUGCUGUCAAGUUCCAGUGCGGAGUCAGGUCGCCCUUUGCUGGUUUCAUCACUGGUGCUCUCGUCCUCUUGGCCUUGUUCUUCUUGACCCCUGUUUUCUUCUAUAUUCCCGAUGCCGCCCUCUCCGCCGUUAUCAUGGUCGCCGUCUCUGUCCUGAUCUCACCCCCCUCGGUCUUCAUCCAGUUCUACAGGGUCAACCUCUGGGACUUCCUCUCCUCCCAGGUCGCCCUCUGGGUCACCAUCUUUGUCUCUGUUGAGACCGGUAUCGCCGCCGGUGUCGCUUUCUCGCUUAUCGUCCUCCUCUUCCGCGUCGCCCGUCCCAACUUCCACGUCCUUCGCCAGAUCAAGGACCGCCCCGAUGUCUUCAUCGACUCCGCCCUCGACUCCACCAUCGAAACCGUCUCGCCCCCUCACGGCGUCCUCGUCUUCCGCAUUGAGGAGUCGACCACCUUCCCCAACGCUGAGGCCUUCAAGACCUGGGUCCUCGACGAGACCUACAAAUACACCCGCUUCGGUGGCCACAUCAAGCCGGCGUCCGAGAAGCUCUGGUCCGACGACAUGGACGUCCAUGUCCGCAACCUCCGCAAGAUCGCUCACGGCGCCGACUCGCACGUCACCGACGACGACCUCCCCAAGCUCCGCGCCGUCGUCCUUGAUUUCUCGGCUGUCAACAGCAUCGAUUCGACCGGUCUCCAGGGUCUCUUUGACUUGCGCGAUCUCUUGAAGGACUAUGCCGGUGUCACCGACGAGCCCUCGACCUUCUUCGAGGUCCACUUUGUCGGAAUCCAGUCCUCGAUCCUUCAUGUCCUCGAGUUGUCCGGCAUCACCCGCCCCGUCGCCCCCAUUUCCCUCCAGAAGAUCGAGGUCCUCGACCACACCACCUCCGGGGACGAGAUUGUCCCCGAGACUGCUAACAAGAAGAGCCAUACCGAUAUCGGAUCUGCUGCUGUCUCGGUGUUGGGCCAGUCGCCCUUCUUGAAGGAGGCAGGUUUGGUCCACUUGACUGUCCGUGACGCUGUCGACUCUGUCUUGAUUCGCUCCCAGUCCUGGGAGAAUGACCACGGCAACAAGGGCUCUGACUUUGGCUCGAUCAGCAAGACCGACAUCCACUACGUCUAA